AUGAGGUCCUUUUCCCUUCUAGGCUCCCUGAGCCUGUUGACGUCCCUCUCGUGGGCUCUGCCUACCGAGGGCGUCAUUUCUAAGCUGGAAGGCAGACAGAGUGGCUCGUCAUGGUUUUUGCCAAACAUUGACCACACGACGGGUGCCGUCCGAGGUUACGUGCCCAACCUGUUCAACAGCGCCGGGCAGCAGAACUUUACGUACCCCGUCUACAAGACUGUGGCCUCUGGCGACUCGGCAGGCUUCGUCAACGCUCUGUACUCUGAUGGACCCAGCGGUGGUCAAAGAGACAACUGCUAUCUGGCUGGAGAGCCCCGUGUCAUCUAUCUCCCCCCAGGAACUUACACCGUCUCAAGCACCAUCUUCUUUGACACGGACACUGUCAUUAUUGGCGAUGCUGCCAACCCUCCCACCAUCAAGGCUGCUGCUGGCUUCAACGGUGACUACCUGAUUGUGGGUGGUCAGGGCGAUGGCGACAGCCACCCUUGCGGCGGCUCUGGUGGUGAAACUCACUUUUCGGUCAUGAUCAAGAACGUCAUUUUGGACACGACUGCCAAUGCUGGCUCCUCUGGCUUUACUGCUCUCAGCUGGGCUGUGGCCCAGAACUGCGCUCUGGUCAAUGUUAAAAUCAACAUGCCCCAGGGCGUCCACACUGGUAUGCUCGUCAGCGGUGGAUCUACCAUCUCCAUCUCCGACGUCUCCUUCAACUUCGGUAACAUCGGUCUGCACUGGAACGGUCACCAGCAGGGUCAGAUCAAGGGCAUGACCUUCACCGACUGCACCAACGGCAUCUUCAUCGACAGCGGCUUCACCAUUAGCAUCUUUGCCCCGACCUGCAACACUGUCGGCCGUUGCAUCGUCCUCAACUCCGGCAAUGCCUGGGUUGCCGUCAUUGACGGCCAGAGCAUCAACUCUGGUGACUUCUUCACCAGCAACGUCGGCUUCCCCAACUUCAUGCUCGAGAACAUCUCCAAGGACACGACCAAUUCCAACAUGGUCGUCGUCGGUGGCAAUGUCAAGGUCGGCGGCUCAACCAGCCUGGGCACCUACGUCUAUGGAAACACCCGUGGCGCCAACCCCGUGUACCAGACGAACCCGACGUCCCAGCCCGUGAACAGGCCUGCUGCGCUUGCUCCUGGCGGCCGAUACCCCGUCAUCAACGCCCCUCAGUAUGCCGACAAGACCGUUGCCAACGUUGUCAACCUGAAGGACCCCAACCAGAACGGUGGACACACCCUCCAGGGCGAUGGCUUCACCGACGACACUGCCGCCCUCCAGGGUGCUCUCAACACCGCCGCCAGCCAGGGCAAGAUCGCCUACCUGCCCUUCGGCAUCUACAUCGUCAAGUCGACCAUCACCAUCCCUCCCGGAACUGAGCUGUAUGGUGAGGCUUGGUCUACCAUUUCCGGAUCCGGCAGUGCUUUCUCGUCCGAGACCAACCCGACUCCCGUUGUCCAGAUCGGCGCGACCCCCGGCCAGAAGGGCGUGGCUCACGUCCAGGACAUCCGCUUCACCGUCAACGAGGCUCUCCCCGGUGCCAUCCUCCUCCGAAUCAACAUGGCUGGCAACAACCCUGGUGAUGUCGCAGUCUUCAACUCUCUCAACACCAUUGGCGGUACCCGUGACACCUCCAUCAGCUGCAGCAGCGAGUCCAACUGCCGGGCUGCCUACCUCGGCCUCCACCUUGCCGCCGGUUCUUCUGCCUACAUCGACAACUUCUGGUCCUGGGUUGCUGACCACGCGACCGACCAGAGCGGCAAGGGCACCCGCACCGCCGUCAAGGGCGGAGUGCUCGUCGAGGCUACCGCGGGCACCUGGUUGACUGGUCUCGGCUCCGAGCACAACUGGCUGUACCAGCUGUCCUUCCACAACGCCGCCAACGUCUUCAUUUCCCUCUUCCAGAGCGAGACCAACUACAACCAGGGUAACAACGGUGCUCCACUGCCCGGCACGCCUUUCGAUGCUACCUCCAUUGACCCCAACUUCUCGUGGUGCAGCGGCGGCGACACCGUGUGCCGCAUGGGCCUUGCUCAAUACUACACUGGCAGCAACAGCAACAUCUUCCACUAUGCUGCUGGUAGCUGGAACUUCAUCGGCCUGACCAAGGUCAACCAGGGACUGAUGAACUUCAUCCAGAGCACUAUCAGCAACGCUCACCUGUACGGCUUUACCAGCGGACCCAACACCGGCGAGACCAUGAGGCUGCCCAACGGUGUCGAGUUCGGCAACGGUGGCAAUGAUGGAUAUGGUGGAUCCUGGGGAACCCUGAUUGCUAACAUUGCCAGCCAGUCCUAG